AUGUUAAAUAGAACAGGACUACUCAAGAAUUCCUUGAGACAGUUCUCGACUUCGAUACGAAGUCUACAGACAGCAAAUGGAUCCACUUUGACGUUUAAUUACAAUCAGAAUGAUUUAGCUGAAGAGAAUAAGAAUCAGAAUAAACAAGAACAAAAGAGACCUAUCCAUCCACUUUCGGAACUAGGGGAUAGACUUAAUCAAGAAUUGAAAGAUCAAAAAGAUAUUAAUGAUGUAUAUACAGAUUUUAAAGAUAGUAUCAUGAAAUUUAAGAAAUCUAAUUAUGCAGAAUCUAGAUUACAGAAAUCGUUUGGUUUAAAUGGCUUAAUCUCAAGAUUAAUCCAAACAUCCAUUACAAGCAAAAAUUCUAAUAUUGACCCAUAUGAAAUUUUAACUAAUGUUUGUGACUCACAUCUAGCGAGACCUCAACAUUUUGAAAUUGUAAUGGAAUACUUCUUAUCACAUAAAUUACCUCAGGAUGUAAUGAGUCUGUGGAUCAAAUAUUUAUCUUUAAUCACAGAAAAUCCAGAUCUUACUAUGGCAUUCCGUGGUAGAGAUCCACAUAAGAAUAUCGUUGCACUAACUACGGUUGCGUAUUUGUUGUUACCAAAUAAUGAUCCAGAUAUGACUGUCUUAAACCAAAUUCUUCAAGUCAAGGACGUCGAUGAUGUUACUGGUAAUGUAACUACAUUCGAUAAUACCAUUCCAAUAAAUUUAAUAACACCAACGAUCUUACAAAGAGUCAAUAAAAAGGAUCAAUCUGUUGCGUUAAAGAAUUUUGAAAAAUUAUUUAUUAAAUAUGUUAGUAAUAAUGUCGGGUGGUUGAAUAAAGAAUUAGAUAAUUCCUUCGAUUUAAGAAUAAUUCAAAAUUAUUAUAAUUUAUACAAGAAUAAUAUUGAUAAUAUUGACAAUAGUGAGUUUAAUCCCGAUAUUCUAGCCAACUUUAUGAAUACAUUUGUUACUUUGAAGAGACCCAAUCAAGCAGUUAAAUGUUACAAUGAUUUUAAGCCAAUCUUCAAAGAUGAUUUAGAAAAGAUUACAAAACUGAAUAAUGCUUUGUUGAUUACUGUAGCAGAAUUACCUGCAAAUUCCAAAGUGUACAAAUUAACUAGGAUUCAAGCAAUUUGGAAUUCAUUAAUAAAAAAUAAUGAGAGUAUCGAUGCUGGUUCUUAUAUUUCAUUGUUUAAAGCAUUGUUCCUAUCUAAAAAUCUUGAAGAAUUAGAAAUCGUUUGGGAAGAAGAAGUUCCUGAAGUAAUGAAGAAGGAACAAGAUGUCCUAGAGGCUUAUUUGGAUUCGGUGUUGAGAUUGAAAAACUCUGUAACAUUACAAGAAAUUGAACAAAAAUUACCGCAGGAUUUAAAGAAUAUUAACUUGAUUAAUAGUGUUCUUUUGAAAAAUAUACAAUCUCCAGAUUUUAAAAUGGAUUCUUUUGAUGGAAUCUAUGAUAAAUAUUUUGGCAUUGGUAAGAUGUCAAAUGGUAUGUCAAAACAAUUGCCAAACACUGAGACACUUGCCAUUAAGAUGUUAGCAUCAUACACUGCUUCGAAUGAUAAAACAAGUUUUAAUUUUAUUAAAUCCAUUAAUAUUGAUCAAAGAUCAGAUUUUAAUAGAUUCCUUAAAGUGGUAGAAGAUUUCAUUAAUGUUUCGCCAAAUAUUACUCCCGUACGUGCAUUGUUUACAGAAAUACAACAACCUUUAAACUCAAGAAAAUAUAAAUUGUUUAUAACAGCUGAGUUCAUGAAAAAGGAAGGUUCAUCAACUGAAGCAGAAGCAUUAUUGAGAUAUUAUUUAGAUAAAGCAGAGAUUAAAACUGAUGGUAAAUCAUCUUUAAAAGCUCAAUUUAUUAGAGAGUUAUUAGAUUCUCUUACAAUUGGUUUCUGUCAACUUUCCUUAAGGAAAAAAAGUUUCCAAUUUGUUUCAAAGAUCAAUGAAUAUUAUAGAUCAAUGAAGGAAGUAAAUCCAUCGAUCGGUAACUCUACAUUAGUGACAAUUCUCCAUACAUAUGCCAUGUUAUGUCGUUAUUCUAAACAAAAACUAAACCCUAAUGAGAUAACAAUUAUUCAAUCUUUCUUAGGUGAUUUACAGAAACAGAAUUUCCAUGUAAAUCAAGCAGAUAUUAGAAUCCUAACAUCUGCCGGACUUAAGGUACCCGAAACACUAAUUAAGUCAAAACCUUCAAAGAAAAACUCAGAAGAAAACGAUACGACAAGCAAUGAAGGAAUUAAAUCUGACCUCUAG